AAAAAAAUGUCCGCCUGAGGAGACCCACAAGUUCUAUUCGGGGGGACCGCCAGCCCGCCCCGGGAGGAAGGGGCGGCCAGGCCCGAAAGCCGCCUCCCCGGCCCGGAUCCGAGAGCUCGCGCGGGGCAAAGUGAGCCGAACCGCCGGGCGGUGCAAGGGGAAGCCCGAGCCCGCUCUCCCGGCCAAAGUGAACUUUAAUCGAGGUGGUUGGAUGCGGAGACGGGGCGGCAGGACCUGUUAAAAGUGGCCGAAGAUGAAUCCCCAGCAGCAGCGCAUGGCCGCUAUAGGGACCGACAAGGAGCUGAGCGACCUGCUGGACUUCAGUGCGAUGUUUUCCCCACCUGUUAAUAGUGGGAAAACCAGACCAACGACACUGGGAAGCAGUCAGUUCAGCGGAUCAGGUAUGGAUGAACGAGGAGGUACAACAUCUUGGGGAACAAGUGGUCAACCAAGUCCUUCUUACGACUCAUCUAGAGGUUUUACAGACAGCCCUCAUUACAGUGAUCACUUGAAUGACAGUCGUUUAGGGGCCCACGAAGGCUUGUCCCCAACACCUUUCAUGAACUCAAAUCUAAUGGGAAAAACAUCAGAGAGAGGCUCAUUUUCCCUGUACAGCAGAGAUACUGGAUUACCAGGCUGUCAAUCUAGUCUCCUGAGACAAGAUCUAGGGCUUGGAAGCCCAGCACAACUCUCUUCUUCAGGAAAACCUGGGACACCCUACUACUCAUUUUCUGCCACAAGUUCCAGGAGAAGACCACUUCAUGACUCUGCAGCACUUGAUCCUUUGCAAGCAAAGAAAGUCAGAAAGGUGCCUCCUGGUUUGCCUUCUUCUGUAUAUGCACCAUCCCCAAAUUCAGAUGACUUCAACCGUGAAUCUCCUAGUUAUCCAUCUCCCAAGCCACCGACCAGUAUGUUUGCUAGCACUUUCUUUAUGCAAGAUGGGACCCACAAUUCUUCUGACCUUUGGAGUUCAUCAAAUGGGAUGAGCCAGCCUGGUUUUGGUGGAAUUCUGGGGACCUCCACUUCCCACAUGUCUCAAUCCAGUAGUUAUGGCAGCCUUCAUUCACAUGACCGCUUGAGUUAUCCUCCACACUCAGUUUCACCAACAGACAUAAACACAAGUCUUCCACCAAUGUCCAGCUUCCACCGUGCCAGUACCAGCAGUUCACCUUACGUUGCUGCCUCACACACUCCUCCCAUCAAUGGAUCAGAUAGCAUUCUAGGAACCAGAGGAAAUGCUGCUGGAAGCUCACAGACAGGUGAUGCACUUGGAAAAGCUUUGGCAUCUAUUUAUUCUCCUGACCACACCAGCAGUAGUUUUCCAUCAAAUCCAUCAACACCAGUUGGAUCACCCUCACCUCUCACAGGUACCAGUCAGUGGCCCAGACCUGGAGGUCAAGCUCCUUCAUCCCCAAGCUAUGAAAACUCACUCCACUCCCUGAAAAAUCGAGUUGAGCAGCAACUUCACGAGCAUUUGCAAGAUGCAAUGUCCUUCUUAAAGGAUGUCUGUGAGCAGUCUCGGAUGGAGGACCGUCUGGACAGACUGGAUGAUGCUAUCCAUGUGCUGAGGAACCAUGCCGUGGGACCUUCUACCAGUUUGCCUGCUGGUCACAGUGAUAUACACAGUUUAUUGGGACCAUCACAUAAUGCACCAAUUGGAAGCCUCAAUUCAAACUACGGUGGAUCAAGCCUUGUUACAAGCAGUCGAUCUGCUUCAAUGGUUGGAACUCAUCGAGAAGACUCUGUCAGUCUCAAUGGCAAUCAUUCAGUCCUGUCUAGUACGGUCACUGCUUCAAGCACAGACUUGAACCAUAAAACACAGGAAAAUUAUAGAGGUGGCUUGCAAAGUCAAUCUGGAACUGUUGUUCCAACAGAAAUCAAGACUGAAAAUAAAGAGAAAGAUGAAAACCUUCAUGAACCUCCUUCAUCAGAUGACAUGAAAUCAGAUGAUGAAUCCUCCCAAAAAGAUAUCAAAGUUUCAUCUAGAGGCAGAACAAGCAGUACUAAUGAAGAUGAGGAUUUGAACCCAGAACAGAAGAUAGAAAGGGAGAAAGAAAGGCGGAUGGCUAACAAUGCCAGAGAACGCUUGCGUGUACGAGAUAUUAAUGAGGCAUUCAAGGAGCUUGGUCGAAUGUGUCAGCUUCAUUUAAAGAGUGAAAAACCCCAAACAAAACUCCUUAUUCUUCAUCAGGCCGUGGCAGUCAUCCUUAGUCUAGAACAGCAAGUCAGAGAGAGGAACCUUAACCCCAAAGCAGCCUGCCUUAAGCGAAGGGAAGAAGAAAAAGUUUCUGCCGUAUCGGCAGAGCCACCAGCUACACUGCCAGGAACCCAUCCUGGGCUCAGUGAAACUACCAACCCUAUGGGUCAUAUGUAAACAGCAGCCAGUUCCAGAGUUAUCAAUAGGCUAGAUAGAAGGUGACCUCUCCUCAUAAGGACUUGGACAACUCAGAUUAUCUGAAGACACAAACCUGAUAGGAGGGAGAAGAAAAAAAACACUUGAAGCAAGAAAUGCAAAUGUAAUCCUACGAUCAAAGCAACUGGUCAACACUUCCAUCAGAAGUGAAGAUAGGAAGCUCAUCAGAUAGAACGUCACCCCAUGAGAUGUUUGCAACAGAUCAUUUUGUUGCAAGCAGUGUGUCGCUUCUGCACAAUCAGAGACUGUCUCGAUCUCUCCACUCACCGUGGAAGUUGCCUUGUGCCUAAACUGAAUUGACAAAUGCAUUGUAACUACAAAUUUUAUUUAUUGUUAUGGAACUGUAAGGUCUACAUAUAAAGGGAAAAAGUUAAUGUGGAAAGCUGAUCUCCACUCAGCUGAUGCCAGCAUUAGUUAAAGCUGUUCACGUGCAGAGAACAAAGCAGUGACAACCAUUGGCCCUUAGCAUUCCCGGCAUACCUAUUAGUGUCUUAAAAAGGAAGGGAAAAGUCUUUUGUUGCCCUCUCCUGUCCUUUUGCCAUAUGAAUAGUGUUUUCCAUGAAAUAGGAAAAUAUUACUUGGUAUAGCAUUUCUCUCGUGUUCAUUUUUUCAUUCGUUUUUAUUUUUUUGUUGUGGCUGUUGUAUUUGGUCUCUGAAUCUGAAUAGAUUAUGGUCACAGUCCAGAGUCCUCCACGUAGCUCUAUGUGCUUUGCAUAUUUACCUUACAAAGAUAAGCAGAGACCAUCUGUGACCAUAGCCUAGCUAAGAUUUUAAAAGGGGUAAUUUUGUCCCCUAGAUUUUCCCCAAAAUAAAUAUUUGCUUUAUUUCUAAUAAUAACCAAGACUUUUCAAGCUUCUAGGUUUUCAUAGUAAAGCUUGUAAUAGCAAGAAGUGUAAAUUACAAGGGAAGAAUUUACUUUUUAGAAAUUGCUUUGUUUUCCAAGCAGUAAGUACUACAUAUAGUACUUGUAAAGUGUUAGCUGUAAGAAAGCACAAAAUGGAUUUAAAAUACAAAGAAGAUUUUUCAGGCUGUGAUUAUGUUGAACAUAACAACCCAGUAGUCAAUAAGGCAGGUAGUGUGAUAAAUGAACACACCACUCUGAGGCUAAUUACCUAAUGGAAUAUAAGAGCGAUGGUCACGCGUGUGUCCUCCUUCUCACCCUUACUUCUCUGUCAUUUGGAUGGCUGGUCAGUGGGGAGGAAUUGGAUGGGUGAUGUAAUCAACUGCAAACCGUCUGCCCCGUCCCAAGAAGAUGAGCCAGAUUAGCAUCAAACCAGUCCUAGUCAGUCCAUCUUAUACUGUGCAUUAAGGCACCCCUCUGUCUCUAAUCCUUAAGAGUUGUUUUUUAAGACAUAAUAAUCACUAUGAACUUCCAUGAAACCUGUCUUCCACCACAACAACCCUGGGAGAGAAAAACAUGCUGAACAAGGUUGUCUUGGCUUAAUAAUUCCUCAUAGCCAAUAUCGACAGUGGCAAUCAGCACACGGAAGAAAGGACCCAAAUCACUAUGUAACGUAAAGAUUUCUGUUAAUUUGAAAGAACAAAAACAAUUAAGACAGAACUUCAGAUCCUCCGAUCAGGAUGGUUCCUAACAAAUCACUCUUUUGUAAACGUAGUGGACAUUUUGGUUACUUUAAUUUGCCUGUAUUCUCCGAUUACAUCAGACUCUAUCUGUGGCCUUGUUCUUCAUUUCAGUGUUAAUCAGCUAAACAGAAGUUGUUGCUUAUGAUGUGUGAGUGAACAUAUGCCACUGCCUGGCCUUUUUCUUCAGAGCUUGUUGUCUUUUUCGCUAUAUUAGACUCUGCAGUAUGCCCAGAAGCUUUCCUUCAUAAAAUAGAAAGAAAAAAACAUUUGGCUUAUUUUUCACUGUAGCUAGUCUUUUAUACAAUAAUCUUGUAAGAAAAUUUCUUGAAUUCUAAAUAUUACUCUUUCUAGAUUUUUGAAAUCGAAAAGUUUUCAGUAAAAAGUUUCUUACUUUAUUUUAUUAUAUUAGGUAGUAAAAAUGUAGGGUUAUUUACCAUAACCUGUUCAUUAAUAUCAGAAAUUUACAAUAGCAUUUUAAGACCAUAGUAGGAUUCUAGCAUACCGUGUAGUACCUAUGGAGUAUUGUAAGAGCUAAUUGUUCGAGAUGAAUUGCUUCUCAUCUUGUUCUCCAGUUUCCAUUGUUGGUUUAUUGCAGAUUUGUAUCCUGUGUCAAAUUCAAGGUAUUAUUGAUAAAACUUUUCAACCAGCAGCAAGAAGUUCAAAAUUUUUUCUGUCACUGUAACAGAAAACACAAUAUGUAUAUAACAUUUAUGUAGCAAUAAAUGUGCCAUCUUUUUUUUAACAUA